CAGUAGGGGCAGAGCACGGAACGUAGGAGAGGGUUUCUUUAGACCAGGCAGUCGCUGCCCAGCCGGUCAGGACGUGGGACGCAAGGGGCAAUCCUGCCUGGUUCGCAGGUCCGAGGCGGGCGCGGUGGCCCUUUGGGCCCCGCCCCGCCCCGCCUACCGGCAGCCAGGCCAAGGCCCAAGCGGAGGUCGCGCCGACGCCUGCGCAAUGUAUGCGGAGAGCCACCACCGCCUCCGGUCCCGACUCCGAUGAUGGCGGACGGCGCCGCCGCUGGCCCUGGCGGCAGCACAUCUUUGAGAGAGCUGCGGGCACGGAUGGUUGCUGCAGCAAACGAGAUUGCUAAGGAAAGGAGGAAGCAAGGUGUGGUUAAUCAUGUUGCAACCCAUUCCUCAAAUAUAAGAUCAACAUUUAAACCAGUAAUCGAUGGAUCCAUGCUUAAAAAUGACAUAAAACAAAGAUUAGCAAGAGAGCGCAGAGAGGAGAAAAGGAGACAGCAAGACGCCAAUAAAGAAACACAACUACUUGAAAAAGAAAGAAAGACCAAGCUCCAAUAUGAAAAACAGAUGGAGGAAAGACAGAGAAAGCUGAAGGAACGAAAAGAGAAAGAAGAACAACGGAGAAUAGCCGCAGAAGAAAAAAGACACCAGAAGGAUGAAGCACAAAAGGAAAAAUUUACAGCCAUUCUUUAUCGUACUUUGGAACGGAGGAGACUUGCUGACGAUUAUCAGCAAAAAAGAUGGUCAUGGGGAGGCUCUGCAAUGGCGAAUUCUGAGAGCAAAACUGCCAAUAAACGAUCUGCAUCUACUGAAAAACUUGAACAGGGAGCUUCUGCUUUAAUCAGACAAAUGCCUUUGUCAUCUGCAAGCCUUCAAAAUUCCGUUGCCAAAAGGAAAACAGACAAGGAGAGAAGCUCAUCUUUAAAUAGAAGAGAUAGUAACCUACAUUCGUCUACUGAUAAAGAACAAGCAGAAAGGAAGCCACGUGUUACAGGUGUCACCAAUUAUGUAAUGCGGUAUGUCACUGUACCCUUGCGUAAAUGUACUAGUGACGAAUUGAGGGCUGUUAUGUUUCCCAUGUCAGCAAUGAAAAUACCUCCUCAAACAAAAGUAGAAGAGGCUCCCUUGGAGAAAGUAGAGACACCUCCCAAGGCAAGUGUGGAUGCACCCCACCAGGUGAAUGUGGAAGUAUUCUGCAACACAAGCAUGGAAGCAUCCCCCAAGGCAAGUGUGGGCAUGGCCACUGAGGUGAGCACGGACUCAUCCCCUGUGGCGAGUGUGGAUGUGUCACCUGUGGUGAGCACAUAUGAUUCUGAGAUGAGCACGGACGCAUCCCCCGAGUUGAGCAUAGACACACCCCUGAAGGUAUACCUGGAAACAAUUCCCAAGGUGAGCAUAGAAGCAUCCCCGGAGGUGAGCCUGGAAGCACUCCCAGAGGUGAGUGUAGAGGCAGCCCCAGAGGCAAGUGUGGAAUCACCCCCAGAGGCGAGCCUGGAAGCACCGUCAGAAGUGAGCAUGGAAGCAGCCCUAGAGGGGAGCUUGGAAGCACCUCCCAAGGGGAGUGCAGAAGGUGCCCCCAAGGAGAGUGUGAAAGGGUCACCCAAAGAGAUCAUGGAGGCGUCUCCUGAGGCAAUGGUGAAAGCAUCCUCCAAGACAUCCCUUGAAGCAAGCAUGAAAGCAUCUCCCAAGGCAAAAGCGAGAGACGCUCCAAAGAAAUCAGACAUGGAAAAACAGGCCUUAACCCUUAUUGCCAAGAAGCGUCUAUCAUCAUACACUGAGUGUUAUAAAUGGUCAUCAUCUCCUGCAAAUGUCUGUGGUCUGCCAUCUCCCAUCAGCACUAACAGGCAAAUCCAAAAGAACCGCCCUCCAUCACCAUUACCACUUAUUUCAAAACAGUCACCACCGACUUCUUUUCCUUAUAAAAUGAUGCCUAUUCAACACACCAUGUCUGUGCAAAGUGCAUCAAGUACUGUCAAAAAGAAAAAAGAAACAGUUUCUAAAACCACUAACAGAUGUGAGGCUUUGAGCCAGAGGCAUAUGAUCUAUGAAGAGUCUGGUAAUAAGAGUACUGCAGGUAUUAUGAAUGCCGAGGCGGCAACAAAAAUUUUGACAGAAUUACGCCGCCUUGCUCGUGAACAAAAAGAAAAAGAGGAAGAAGAAAGACAACGGGAAGAAAUGCAGGGAAGGGUCAUUAAGAAAUCAAAAGACGUGGCAAAGGAAGCAGUUGGAGGCCAAGCAGAAGACCUCUUGAAACUCAAAGAUGGGCAGCGACCAAAGGAGACUAAAAAGAAGAAAGGAUGGCUGGAUCAGGAAGACCAGGAAGCACCACUGCAGAAAGGGGACGCCAACAUAAAAGCUCAAGAGGAAGCUGACAAACGCAAGAAAGAACACGAGAGAAUUAUGUUACAAAAUUUACAAGAACGGUUAGAAAGGAAAAAGAGAAUAGAAGAAAUUAUGAAGCGGACGAGAAAGACAGAUGUGAAUGCCUCAAAGGUCACAGAAACAUCCAGCCAUGACAUAUAUGAAGAGGCUGAGGCUGACAACGAAGAAAGCGACAAGGACUCAUUGAAUGAAAUGUUUCCAUCAGCCAUUCUAAAUGGCACAGGCUCACCUCCCAAAUUUAAAAUACCGUUCAACAAUGCCAAGAAAAUGACACACAAGCUGGUAUUUCUAGAAGACGGUUCCAGCCAGGUCCGUAAAGAGCCAAAAACAUAUUUUAAUGGUGAUUUGAAAAACUUCAGACAAAAAAGCAUGAAAGACACUUCAACACAGGAAGUAGUUUCAAGACCAUCUUCCAAAAGAAUGACCAGUCACACAACAAAAACCAGAAAGGCAGAUGAAACCAACACCACCAGCAGAUCCUCUGCACAAACAAAAUCUGAAGGAUUCCAUGACAUCUCGCCAAAGUCCCCAGACACCUUUAGACGAUAAGAGAAGAAGCAAACCUGUUUCUCCUCAUUAGGAUAUGUAAACCUUACUCAGCCUGGGAGAUGAAUACAUCUUCCACUCUGGAUAACUCAACUCCUGGGCCCAUCAGUCCUCAAAUUUUUCUGCUUCUGACUUGAACCUGGUAAAGGAAGUAACACCGAAAAAUUGAAAGAAACUGUCAAAAGAUCACCUUGAUGUAUAUCUCAGAAUAUGUUAAAAAUCAUGUUGUUCUCUUGUGUCUAAGCAAGAGCUCUAAGUAAAGAGUUGUUUUUGUUUUCUUUGGAAAAUCACCAUUGUCUCUUAUUCUUGUGUUGUCCUACCAAUGUGUUUGCUGGAGCGAGUGCAUCAAGGAUGCUUUCCUGAAAGUGUAAUUGUGGAGUUUCUAGAAGAAUAUGAUUGCAGAACUAAUUCUCUUUCAGUUUAUAUUUGAAAUCUUAAAGUAAUGCUUUUUCUUUUUCUUUCUCUUUUACUUUUUUUUUUUUUUUUUUGAGACGGAGUCCUGCCCUGUCGCCCAGGCUGCAGUGCAGUGGCGCAAUCUCAGCUCACUGCACCCUCCGCCUCCUGGUCUCAAGCAAUUCUCCUGUCUCAGCCUCCCCAGUAGCUGGGAUUACAGGCAUGUGCCACCACACCUGGCUAAUUUUUUGUAUUUUAGUAGAGAUGGGGUUUUACCAUGCUCACCAGGCUGGUCUUGAACCCCUGGCCUCAAGUGAUCCACCUGUCUUGGCCUCCCAAAGUGUUGGGAUUACAGGUGUGAGCCACUGGGCCCAGCCAAGUAAUGAUUUUUCUGUGUACCAGUGACAAUUUUGACAGCUAAAACCUCACAGUUGAUCUUGUAGAGAACAUAAUAGAUUAUGCAAGGGCCGCAGGAUCACUCACAAGAGCUGUGUCAGAUUGUUUCUAAUAUAAAAAUACCAAAGGUUGCAAAAUCCAAUAAAUUGUAUUUUACCAUGAUAUAUGUAUAUUUUUAACUCUACCCAUUUGUGCCAGUGAGUACACAGGCACCAAUAGCCUCAAAUGCUGGGAGUCUUGUAAAGCCCCAUCUUGGAACAGUCAGCACCUUUCAUGCUCUUGUCAGUGUUUCCUUUUGAAGAACAUAUUGGUGUUUAUCUACAGAAACAUAUAUUAUUUUCAUUGUGUACAUAAAGGAGUACAUGGCUCUUGUCCCAUGGGGUAUGUUUAAUUCCUCGAAAUGUUUAAUGUUUAAAGUAUUUUUCGGCCUGUACUCUCCAGUUCUGUCGUUGAGUAUAUACUCAGGCUUGAGAUAUAACCAAAUUUUGCUUGCCUUUCUCUAGCCACUGGCUGCCAGUGAGUCCGCGUGAUGGGCACACAGAAAUGCACACAGAUGUACAUACACGUAUGUAUGCACACACAGUAUUAUGAUUCCAUAAAAUUCAAAUGCAGAUUAAUUCUAAUAAUGAGUUUUCAGUGUUGAAUUGCAAAUAGUCCGAAGCAGGCCAGUGUUCCUUCUGGCUGCCAGUCCUGGAUUAGUAAAAGGAGGUAAUUCUUUCAGAUUCCCUGGUUCUUUGCCACUCAGAGUAUUGUACUUUUGAUAUAGAAUAGAGAAAGUUACCUUUGGUUUAAAAACUAUUUUUAUAUACUAGGUCUUUCAUGUAUAACACAGAGACAAUCAUCCUAACAAAAGAGUUUGUUAUUUUUCUGCACAAAUAUCAUGUGUUGAAAUACCGUUACAGUUCCAUAUAAAUGUGUGCUAUAUAAAAUAAACUUUGCAGAUAAAA